GCGGCGGACGGCGCGGACGGCGCUCAGUCGCGGACUGCUCCGGUUUUCUACACACGCACACACGGCUCUCCGUCCUGUAAGACACAUUUCGGAAAAGAGCAAAUACAAAUAAUCAUAAUUAAAAAAAUUAAAAGGAAAAAAAAAAAAAUCGGCGCUCCGUAUUAUUGCUGACAUCGCGGCGGAGAUGAACAGCAUCACCAAGGGCAGAUUCGAGGUGUUCUCAAGCAGCGAUGAAGCCCCGAUCAACAAAAAGCUUCCCAAAGAGCUUCUGCUCAGGAUUUUCUCCUACCUAGAUGUGGUUACGCUGUGUAGGUGUGCCCAAGUAUCCAAGGCAUGGAAUGUUCUAGCACUGGAUGGAAGCAACUGGCAGAAGAUAGAUCUCUUCAACUUCCAAACUGAUGUAGAGGGUCGUGUGGUGGAGAACAUUUCAAAGAGAUGUGGUGGCUUUCUGAGACAGCUGAGUUUGAGAGGUUGUCUCAGUGUGGGCGAUGCCUCUAUGAAGACCUUUGCACAGAAUUGUCGUAACAUAGAACAUCUGAAUCUGAAUGGCUGCACUAAGAUCACAGAUUCAACCUGCGUCAGCCUCAGCAAGUUCUGCUCCAAACUCCGCCACUUUGACCUCACGUCCUGUGUGUCGAUUACCAACCAUGCACUCAAGUCAUUAAGUGAGGGCUGUCGCAUGUUAGAGAAUCUAAACCUAUCCUGGUGUGAUCAGAUCACACGUGAUGGCAUCGAGGCACUCAGCCGUGGCUGUACCAGUCUCAAAGCACUGUUCCUCAGAGGCUGCACACAGUUGGAUGAUGCUGCACUGAAACACCUCCAGAAGCACUGUCCUGAGCUCAUGAUAAUCAACAUGCAAUCCUGCACACAGAUAACAGACGAGGGUUUAGUGAGUUUGUGCCGCGGCUGUCACAAGCUGCAGAUGGUGUGUGUGUCUGGCUGCAGCAACAUUACAGAUGCCUCCCUCACUGCACUCGGCCUCAACUGCCAGCGGCUAAAGAUCCUGGAGGCUGCUCGCUGCUCUCAUGUGACUGAUGCUGGUUUUACUGUUCUGGCGAGAAAUUGUCAUGAUUUGGAGAAAAUGGAUUUAGAGGAAUGUAUUUUGGUCACUGACAACACACUUGUUCAGCUUUCAAUCCACUGCCCUCGGCUCCAGGCCCUGAGCCUCUCACAUUGCGAGCUGAUAACAGACGAUGGGAUUAGACACCUGAGCAGCAGUGUAUGUGGUCAGGAGCGGCUGCAAGUGGUUGAGCUGGAUAACUGCCCCUUGAUCACAGACAUCACUCUGGAGCACCUGAAGAGUUGCCAAAGGCUUGAACGCAUUGAGCUUUAUGAUUGCCAGCAAGUCACUCGGGCAGGAAUCAAACGUAUUCGAGCUCAUCUUCCUGAGAUUAAGGUCCAUGCUUACUUUGCACCAGUCACACCUCCUCCCUCCGUGCAUGGAGGGGGCCAACGUCUCUGCCGCUGCUGCGUAAUACUCUGACAGUGGAUGGGGGUCUCGGAAGCAUGCAUUGGAGAUUCAGUCUGUCAGUCAAACUCUAAACAACCCCUUGCUCCUGCUGGCUACUCCUGCUAAACUCUACACACAGUGCGGCUGGGAAAGGCACAGUUGGACCAAAGAGGGUUUUCUGGCAGCAGGAUGGAACUACACAAGUUAUUGAAAAAAUUCUAUUUCAAAAUACAAAGAAUAAUUACUAUGUAAAAUGUGACAUUUCAAAUGGAAUCCACGAGAAGAAAGUGGGAAAAGCCACCUUGUAAAAUAUUUCACAUUUGGAUUUGUAGAAAACACAUUUGUGGAAGUACGUAAUGACAUCGAACUACUGACUACAGAAUCAUGUCUGUGUGGGAGGGUCUGUGAGGGCUAAAUGAGAACCAGGCAAUGUUUACUUCUUGAUCCACUGUUACCAAUCUAAAUGCAUUACUUCCUCAUGAAGGGAACCUUUAUAUCAACAUGAAUGAUAAGCUGAACAUGACAAUUCAGUAUUUGCAGUGGGACUUGUUAGAGACUUUUACAGUAACUGUUUCAGAGAAUGUUAAAAUAUAUACACAAAACAUAACACUACAACCAAGCAACAUGUGUUCAACAUGGCGUAAAGUGGUUUCUGUCAAUGCUCAGCAUUCAUACAGAAAUUGAUUAAAAAAAUAAUUAAAAAAAACAUUUUUAUGAAUCUUGCUAUAUCCAGUAAGACUGAGUUGGGAAGGUAAGGAAGAGGUGGAGUAUAUUUGCGGAUAAAUGAGGCUCAUUCAGAUUUUUAGGCUCUAGCAAUGGAAUGAAGGGAUAUUUGGAGUGACUUAAUAUUUUUAAAAGAGGUCUAUUUACUGAAGAGGUUUAAAGGACAAAGAAAGAAUUUUAAUUUCCAAGUGCAAUAUUUCAGAGGCCAAGAUCUUCUGUUCAACUAACAAAUUUUGUCUCAAUUGCUGCGAGUUGGUUACAGUAUUAUUUAACAGGAUCCAGAAUGUAAAUUUUCUUUUAAAGAACACGUUUCGUUGUAAUUUUUCAAUUUGAUUUCCCAAAUGCACAUGUAUACCUUGCAUAAUGUACACUACUCUAGUUUCGAGCACUAAAAACCUGAAUGCACCUUGGGCCUCAUGUUACUAAUGCAGAUGACUGUUGAAAUAAUUGCCUAAUCAAUGAUGAUGGCUUUUGGGUGUGAGUGCCUUUUGAUUUUUGCAAUGCUGGAAUGGGCCUGGGGAAAUCCAGCCUCAGAGAUAAAAGACUCAGGGCUGUAAUGUGAUUCGUCAGAUCUUUUCCUUUCCUGCUUCUUUGAUUGUCAGCAGUGAAGAAAACAGGAACUACAUAUACAUGUGAUGGACCGCACACCGCAAGCAAACACUGCAUCCAUGUUUGGUGGGUUAUUGUAUUUGCUGCUGAAGGAUGAAGUGUGAAGUGUAAUUGUGUGGAAAUGUAAAGGAAAACCCUUUCCCUCAUCUCAUUCAAAUUUCUGAUAACCGUUUGGGGGGGGAAAAAAAAAAGCUACCUGACUGUCUUUGUGUUCUGGUGUAACUGUGACAUUUCUUUAAAUAAAAGAUAUGAGCAGUGUGUCACA